AUGGAGGUGAUAAACCGAACAGUUUUAAACGGACCUGCGCUCAGUAAGAAUCUUUCCUCGACGAUUCCAGCGAUCUUAGCUAGGAGGAGCUUGCCAUUGGUGCGAUCUUCCAGCUUGCCACUGUAUCGAGCUCAACACCAGCGAAGACAGCUUCACCUUACCUCGAGAACGAAAGCGCCGAACAACAGUCUAUUGGGAAUCAGCAGCAAUCCAAACAUCCCAAAUUCUUACUUUCAGCGCCCCUCCCUACCUGCCAACACAAUCAUCCGAUUCGUACCGCAACAAACAGCAUGGAUCGUGGAAAGAAUGGGAAAGUUCAGCAGAAUUCUGGCACCAGGAUUAGCCAUUUUGGUUCCAGUUAUCGAUCGCAUAGCAUAUGUUAAGAGCUUGAAGGAGUCUGCUAUCGAAAUACCAAGUCAAAGUGCGAUUACAGCGGACAAUGUCACUCUGGAGCUGGAUGGUGUUUUAUAUACCAGAGUAUUUGAUGCGUAUAAGGCCAGUUACGGAGUUGAAGACGCCGAAUAUGCAAUUUCUCAAUUGGCUCAAACAACAAUGCGAUCCGAAAUCGGUCAACUGACACUCGACCAUGUUCUCAAAGAGCGAGCCGCCCUUAAUACCAAUAUCACACAGGCAAUUAACGAGGCAGCACAAGAAUGGGGUGUUGUCUGUCUACGAUACGAGAUUAGAGAUAUCCACGCCCCAGAGGGAGUCGUGGCUGCUAUGCAUCGACAAGUUACCGCAGAGCGUAGCAAGAGAGCGGAGAUCUUGGACUCCGAAGGUCAGAGGCAGAGUGCUAUUAACAUCGCUGAAGGUCGAAAGCAGAGUGUGAUCCUAGCUUCUGAAGCUUUGAGGAGCGAGCAAAUCAAUAUGGCAUCUGGAGAGGCUGAAGCUAUUCUACUCAAGGCUAAAGCUACCGCUGCUGGAAUUGAUGCAGUUGCAAAGAGUAUCUCAGAAGGAAAGGAGGCGGCUCAAGGAGCAGUGAGUCUCAGCGUUGCCGAAAAGUAUGUUGAUGCUUUCGCCAAGCUUGCCAAAGAGGGUACAGCAGUGGUUGUCCCCGGCAAUGUUGGAGAUAUUGGCAGCAUGAUCGCUAGUGCAAUGGCCGUCUAUGGGAAGGUUGGAGAUGCGCAAUCUAAGACGAUGGCAGCGCGAAGUUUAGAGAAGAACUCGAGCUCAGAAGGGUCUAGUGAUGGUCAAUCUUCGCAAUCAGAAUCCCCAAAUGACGAGAUGAAAAGAAGCAUGCUGGCUUCGUUCGAGAACACGAGGCAGAAGAAGUAA